AUGGCGCGCGAAUUGCGGGCGCUGCUGCUGUGGGGCCGCCAGUUCCGGGCUCCGCUGCGGGCGCCGGUGCUGGCGGCCGCCCCGAGAGGAAAACCAGUUCUGUGUUCUUGGAGGCCCGUGGUCCAGUUAGAGAGUCAGUGGCGAAAGCUGGCUGCAGGUGGGGUCCCCGUGGGACGGGCGCACAGCACACAGGCUGCGGAAGACAAGCAGGAGGAGCCGCUGCACUCCAUCAUCAGCAGCACAGAGACCGUGCAGGGUUCCGUCUCCAAGCAUGAGUUCCAGGCUGAGACAAAGAAGCUCCUGGACAUUGUUGCCCGUUCCUUAUAUUCAGAAAAGGAGGUGUUCAUCCGCGAGCUCAUCUCCAACAGCAGUGAUGCCCUGGAGAAACUGCGACACCAGCUGUUGUGUGACGGCCAGCCGCUGCCAAGGAUGGAGAUCCACCUGCAGACCGACGCUGAGAAGGGCACCGUCACAGUCCAGGACACUGGCAUCGGGAUGACGCAAGAAGAGUUGGUGUCCAACCUGGGAACAAUUGCCAGAUCAGGGUCAAAGGCCUUCCUGGAUGCACUGCAGAACGAGGCUGAGGCCAGCAGCAAGAUCAUCGGCCAGUUCGGCGUGGGCUUCUACUCUGCUUUCAUGGUGGCUGACAGGGUCGAGGUGUUCACACAGUCAGCGGUCCCAGGGAGCCCUGGCUACCAGUGGCUUUCAGACGGCUGUGGAGCAUUCGAGAUCGCCGAGGCUUCUGGGGUCAGACCUGGGACCAAGAUCAUCAUCCAUCUCAAGGCUGACUGCAGGGAGUUUGCCGGCGAGGCCCGCGUGCGAGAUGUGAUAGCCAAGUACAGUAACUUUGUCAGCUUCCCCUUAUAUCUCAACGGAAAGCGUAUGAACACCCUGCAGGCCAUCUGGACCAUGGACGCCAAGGACGUGGGCGAGUCUCAGCACGAGGAGUUCUACCGCUUCGUGGCCCAGGCCUAUGACAGGCCGCGGUACACGCUGCACUACAGGACCGACGCGCCCCUCAGCAUCCGCAGCAUCUUCUAUGUGCCGGAGACGAAGCCGUCCAUGUUUGACGUGAGCCGGGAACGGGGCCCCAACAUUGCCCUCUACAGCCGUAAAGUCCUCAUCCAGACCAAGGCCACCGACAUCCUGCCCAAGUGGCUGCGCUUUGUCCGCGGCGUGGUGGACAGCGAGGACAUCCCCCUGAACCUCAGCCGGGAGCUCCUUCAGGAGAGCGCGCUCAUCAGGAAACUCCGGGACGUCUUGCAGCAGCGGCUGAUAAAGUUCUUCCUGGACCAGAGUAAGAAAGACCCUGAGAAGUACACCAAGUUUUUUGAAGACUACGGCUUGUUCAUGCGGGAGGGCAUCGUGACCACUGCUGAGCAGGAGGUCAAGGAGGACAUAGCAAAGCUGCUGCGCUACGAGUCCUCGGCCCUGCCUGCCGGGCAGCUGACCAGCCUCAUGGACUACGCCAGCCGCAUGCAGGCUGGCACCCGCAACAUCUACUAUCUGUGUGCACCCAGCCGGCACCUGGCUGAGCACUCACCCUACUACGAGGCCAUGAAGCAGAAAAACAUGGAGGUUCUCUUCUGCUAUGAGCAGUUUGAUGAGCUCACUUUGCUGCACUUGGGGGAGUUCGACAGGAAGAAGCUGAUCUCCGUGGAGACGGACAUUGUUGUUGACCACUACAAGGAGGAGAAGUUUGAGGACACAGCCCCAGCUGACGAGCGUCUGUCAGAGAAGGAGGCUGAAGACCUCAUGGCCUGGAUGAGAAACGCGCUGGGGUCACGUGUCACCAACGUGAAGGUGACCCUCCGCCUGGACACGCACCCAGCCAUGAUCACUGUGCUGGAGAUGGGCGCCGCCCGGCAUUUCCUGCGCAUGCAGCAGCUGGCCAGGACCCACGAGGAGCGCGCCCAGAUCCUGCAGCCCACCCUGGAGGUCAACCCCAGGCAUGCACUGAUCAAAAAGCUGAAUCAGCUGCGAGACCGGGAGCCUGAGCUGGCCCAGCUGCUUGUGGACCAGAUCUACGAGAAUGCCAUGAUAGCAGCAGGGCUCGUGGACGACCCCAGACCCAUGGUGGGUCGCCUCACUGAGCUCCUCACCAGAGCCCUGGAGAAGCACUGA